AUGAACGCGACCUUCCUGAACCACAGCGGCCUGGAGGCGGCGGGCGGCUUGGGCGGCGGCGGCGGGGCCACCCUGGGGAACCGCAGCCACGGGCUGGGCACGUGGCUGGGCUGCUGCCCCGGGGGCGCGCCGCUGGCCGCCACCGACGGGGUCCCCGCGGGGCUGACGCCCGACGAGCGCAGCCUGUGGGUGUCGCGCGUGGCGCAGAUCGCUGUGCUCUGCGUGCUGUCGCUCACCGUGGUCUUCGGCGUGUUCUUCCUGGGCUGCAACCUGCUCAUCAAGUCGGAGAGUAUGAUCAACUUUCUGGUGGAGGAGCGCCGGCCCUCCAAGGACGUGGGCGCCGCCAUCCUGGGGCUGUACUGAGGCCGCCUCGGCCCGU